AUGUCGCGGCAUCGGUUUUCCUCUGCGGCGCUGCUGCUUCUCUUUGUUGUGCUGAUAUGCUGCGGCUGCGGUGAAGCUGCAUACUCCUAUCACGCGGGAUUGGAGGCAAGUUACCCCUUCGGAGUCCAGCACUCGCCGCCGCCGGUUUUGCUGUAUUCAAACUUUUCAAUACCAUCCACCGACCACAUGUUCCGCGGUUCUCAUCUUGUGGCCGUGGGUGAGGUGCUGGUGGCCAUUUCUGGAGCUUUAUUCGAUGCAGAUGUGCAAGGCCGUGGAAUGUCUGCGAAGUUGGCGGCACAUAUCAGCAUAGACAAUGGGGGGAGGUGGACUCCAUACAGCUUGGCAGAUGGUGGUGGUGCCGGUGUUUUUCCCAAUCUGGGUUCAUCAUACCUCUCCAGAGAUGCGCCUUACGGA